AUGGGGGGUCCUGACGCUCAGAGGAACUCCCGCACUACUUUCAAAAGACGGAUCAAGACCCUAAAAGACAAAGCUCAUCAGCUUUCGGAUAUUUGCGGUGCAAGAGUAUACCUCCUCAUCGACCAUGAACGAGAAAAAUAUGUCUACAACUCUUCUCGCCACACCUCGUGGCCACCUCCGGAUGAAACACUUGAAAUGCACUACCCUCAGCUAGAUCGAAAAACGUUUAACGAUAUAAAAGGCUUACAUAGCCCCCCUCAUGAUCCCAACAGGCUCAAAGAGUAUUUUGCUGCUAGGUUCAAGCUAUUAUGUACUCUUGAGAAUCUACACAAGACAGUGGAAUCAGCCUUUAGUAACACUGAAGACGAGACACCCAGCAAUAGCCAGGCAGAAAGAUGA